AUGCCUCCACCGCGAGCCACCGCGAUUCGUUUGCGUUUGCGAAACACCCUGUUGGCGCAAAGGAACGGCCAAAGGAAGAAGCCACACCAUCCCUCCCAGCAGCGGCAACAGUGGCAGAAGAUGUGGGUGUCGACGAACAAGGUGCUGAUAGGGUCGGUCGGGGGGCUGAAGAAGACGCACUUCCGCAACCCCAACUUUGAGUGCGACGAGACGAAGCUGCUCAUUUCGCUGUGGGGCGAUCCGAAGGUCCAGCGGACGCUCAUUACCACGCACAAGAAGCACCCGGUCAUAGCGAAGCUGGCGGAGAAGAUGCGCGAGUACGGGUACAAUCGGUCGACGGAGGAAAUCAACACGCGGAUCAAGAACCUGAAGUGCUUCUACAACCGCAUCAAGAAGGAUCUGGAGCAGGGCACGAUUAACGAGCCGUCCUGGAAGCACUACAAGGCGAUGGACGAGAUUCUGACGCGGCCCGUGUUCGGCGGGGCGAACGCGGCCGGUGCGCGGAAGUCGGUUGAACCGAGCACUUCCGGUGGGUUGGUGACGCGCCGCAGUAGGCGCCAUUCGGCCGGUUCGGCCGGGCCGGGGGAUCUGUCCGAGGACCCGGACGACCAGAUCGAGGUGAAGCUGGAGCUGGUGAGCGACGACGAUAAGGAUCUGCGGCCGGAGGAGUUGCUGAAGAACGCGGAGCAGGUCGAGCUGAAGGAACCGAAUCUGCUCAUCCCGAAGGACGAACCGACGGAGGAGGACGCCGACGAUCCGAACGAUCCGGACUUUGAGCACGACGGUGGCAGCGAAACGGAUGACGAAAGUUCCGGCAUGGAUGAGGCUGACGAAAGCGAUCGUUCAACCCGGCUAAGACGACGUACGAAGAGAGUUCACAAACCGAGCAAAACUCAUCCCGCUACCGGAGGCCCUUCAACAAGUGGUAAUGUGAGCAAGAAUCAACCGACUGUCGUUACUAGUGUCACUACCACUACGGCACCGCCCGUUUCCCGAGCGAUCAAGAUCAUGAACUAUCCCGCUGGGUCCUACCUGAAGUUCACGUCGGUGGCAAGCGUAGGCAGUGGAGUAUCUACAACUGCCAACACCACGGGAAUAACCACGCUGGCCGGAGGAUCCAGUGCGGUGACCACUACACCUUCAAGCAAGAUAUCGUUGGUUCCCACGAACUUUCUACUCAAGCCGCAAGCCUCCAAUCUUGGCUUUAAGCAACCGAUUCAGCUCUACACCAAACCGACUGUUUCGAUUGCGAGCACCACCAAACCGACGACCUCUUUGCAACCCGUUGUUUCCGUCAGCAGCGCCACCACCGUGUCGACCACGGGGAGCUCGCCCGGGACACCAGGGACUCCGAUGAAACUGCUCCUGGUCAACACACUUCCGAAGGACGGUUCCGCACCGAAGCAGCAGCUCAUCAAUCCGCAAACGAAACAAAUCUACACCACUUCCACCGGGGUUCCUUUGCAGAAAGUAACCGGACUUCCGGGAUCACUUUCCAUACAGCCACGGCAGCUAGUCCCAAAACCCGUGAUAGGAGCGACACCGAUCGGGAAACUCGUACCGACCGCAAGACCACUACCGUCGGCAGGUGGACCUCCAAAACUCGGCGGCUUUAAGGCGCUCCUAGGGCAGCUGGUAGGCUUGCAGCGUGAAAAUCUGAGUAUCAGCAAAACCCGUCUGAUGACCGAAAAGGAACGGUUCGGUAAUGAAAAGUCCGUCGCCAACUCACUGCUGGAUGCCCUCGGAGAGCUCAACGCACUCCUGGUGGAGGCAUCGGCUGAGCUACAUCAGUCAGCUGAUGAGAAGGCAAGCGAGAAGAUGCACAUCCAGAUAUCUAACGCUCGUCAUGUACCGUCCCUGCACGGGCUGGCAGAUCAACCGAAGGAAAUAUCUAGCCGCCCUGCGCUGCAGCCAGUGAUCGACGACGAAGGCGUAAAAACAGAGGUGAUCAGUGACUCCGAGGAAGGUUAGGUUAAG